AUGCCUUACCAAUGUUAUUCUUUGAUAGUUUUAAUGUUGGUGGGAAUAAUUUGGAAUGUUCGUGAUGUUCUUGGUGGUGAACCAACGUGUAGUGUUUAUAUAGGAAAAGAUGGUGUUUGUUCUAAUUACAUUGGAAAUUCAGAUUACAUUUAUCUAAACGGUACAGUGGAACUUAUGGAUAUUGAAAAUUCGCUGGAAAAUCUUAUAAUCGCUCAAGGUCUUUCAGUAUUAAGCAAUGCUUCGAUACCUUGCGUAAAAGCAUUCACAAGUUAUGCAUGCGCCGUAGCAUAUCCGAAAUGUCUAGCGGAUAUAUCUAAACAAAAUCCUCAAAUUGCUUCAAUUAGUUUACCAUGUAAAUCAACUUGUGAAAAGGUUCAAACUGAAUGUUUAAAUUCACAAGAUAAAGUAGUAUUAUCCUACAUAAAAACAUCCUUCCUUUUUCCCAAAAAUUGUAACAUUAUCCCUCAAGAAUCUUCAUUAAAUAUUUCCUAUCCUAAAUCAAAUUGUAAUCAAGAAGAAGAAAUAAAUUUCGCUCCUAGAUGUUUUCCUCCACUCGUCGAAGACACUUUGUUUACUAAAAACAAUUCUCAAUCACUAAAUUCUGAUUUUUGUGGUGCUGGUUGUUGUUUACCAUGUCCUCAAUCUUAUUUUUUAUACCCUGAAGGAUAUAUGGAUAAAGGUUUCUUAGUUACCCAAAUUAUACGUGCAAUAUCGUCACUUGCGGCAUUCAUCGUGAUGGUUUCCUAUAUUAUAUUGCCUGGAAAACGGAAUUAUCCUAAUAGUUUGAUUUUGUUUGCGAGUGUAUCCAUUUUCCUUUAUUCUUCCGUUGUUUUCUUUUCCAUUGGGGAUCCAAGAAAAAUUCAAUGUGUAGGGGUGAACCAUAGCACUCAAAUUAAUAAUAAUCUUUGUGCUGUUCAAGGAGCUUUGUUAAUAUUUGCUACACAUGCAACAGCUAUUUGGGUUGGAAUAAUAAUCUUGAAUCUUCACUUGUACACUGUAUGGAAUUUAAAUUUCUUAUCUAACAAGCAAAUUUGGUUAAAUUGUCUUGGUUGGGGAGUACCUCUUUUUCUUACUGUAAUGGCAUUAAUUUCACAAUCCGUGAAUUACCAAUUCGGCACACUUUGUUUGGUAAAACGAUCUACAUCAGGUGUAAUAUUAUUUUAUCCGUUGGCAGUUAUUGUGGUGCCAAGUUUCAUUAUACACAUUAUUACUUUCUUGCAUAUUGCCAAGGCUACACAACGUUCAAGACGUUCACGGAAAAUUGUCAGUAAUUUCUCAGAAUUAAUAUCUCAUAAAAAACAUGUCCUACAAGCAGUAAAAAUUCAAUGGCGUGCUUUGUUAUUGGCAAUUAUAUUGGUAGGAACUGUAACCUUUUAUUGGCUAUUUUAUUUCGUUGAAUUAUCUCGCUUCACUAGUCCAAAUAAAAGUUUCGAAAGUGAAUGGGUACAAUGUAUUCAAUCGGGAGGUGGUCAAAAUGAAUGUUCAAAGAUUUCUCAAAGAGAUAUGCCUAGUUUCGGAUUAUUAAUAACAACCGAGUUAGUAGCAGGUCUUAUAGGAAUAUGGCUAUUUAUAUUAUUCUCAAAUUAUGCGUUAUGGCAGGAUUGGCGUUUAUGGAUCUCGGAAAAGUUCAAAGAAAAACUUGAACCAGAUCAAUUCUUUGCUAUAUAA